AUGACGUCCUCAAAACUUUUGACGGUGUCCCUUGUGAUGCUGUCGGGUGCUCUUGUCGUCGGCCGUCGCCAUCCGCAUCCGCCAAGACCUGUUCUCGUCAACGAACCCCGGGAUGAUUCGGGCCAGACUUUCACAAUUCAACAAACGAGGAAUAACGGCUACAGGGGGAAAUCUGGCUUAGAAGCCAUGGUCGAUGUUUACAAGAAGUACGGAGUGGAGCUUACACCUCAGUUGAAAACGGCCGUGCGAAUCAACGGAAAUUACGCAGCAACUCACAAGAAGGGCUUGGACUAUGAGUACGUCUGUCCGGUGCAGAUUGGGACACCGCCUCAGACGUUGUAUCUGAACUUUGACACUGGUUCUUCAGAUCUAUGGGUCUUUUCAACAGACACGAAUACCACCCAAGUGAAUGGCCAGGGUAUUUACAACCCCGCUAGUUCAACGACAGCAAAGAUCCAAACAGGCUCUACCUUCUCAAUCGGCUAUGGGGACGGGUCGGGGGCGGAAGGUAUUGUAUAUAAUGACGUUGUUGAGGUGGCUGGCUUCGCUGCGACUACCCAGGCUGUUGAGUCUGCCACCGAGGUCACCGAGGAGUUUACCGACGACCCCUACUGUUGGGGUUUGCUCGGUCUGGGGAUGAGCGGUGGAAACACCGUCCAGCCUGUGCCGCAGCUCACCUUCUUUGAUAAUAUCAAGUCCUCCCUCGCGCUGCCGGUGUUUACCGCCGACUUGAAAGCCGGAACACCUGGAACCUACGGCUUCGGCUUCAUUGGGAACACGUACUCUGGCAACAUCCAGUACGCCCCUAUCGAUCAGACAUCGAACUAUUGGAAGUUUGCAAUCACGGGAUACCGUGUUGGUAACGCGACGGUAGCAGGUAACCCGAAUUCGGGAUAUACCACGCUCCCCUUCCUGGCAAUCGCAGAUACGGGCACGACACUGCUGCUGCUGCCGGAUGCCAUUGUCAACGCCUACUGGGCCACGGUGGCAGGGUCAGCCUACGAUGCGACGUGGGCCGCGAUCCUAUUUCCAUGCACGGCCACUCUGCCGGACUUCACGUUCGGGAUCGGGUUGUACAAAGCUCUCAUUCCCGGACGAUAUAUGAACUAUGGGAGGGUGGAUGAGGUUCGGUGCUACGGCGGUUUGCAAACCGAAGGGGAUAUUGGAUUUGCUAUUGUUGGGGACAUUGCCUUGAAGGCACAGUACGCCAUAUUCGAUUCGGGGAAUAAGAAGGAGGACUCGGGUUGGUUUGCUCUUCCCAAGAAGUACUGUGGACUGGCCACGACGUUCACCUUCUUCAGUUCAACAAUGUCCCCUUUGGCGGAGACAGCUCGUCUGUUUGCGGCAUCUGAAGAUCUCCGCUUCCUCACACUGGAAGUCAAGUGGAUAGAGUGGGGAUCGGCUCCACUAGAGAGCGAUCGCGCCGGUGUAAUACUGUCUUUAUCAGGCGAUGAGAAGUCGGUCCGUCCAAACUCUGAGAAGAACCUCGGCUUGGCUUUACAGGCUAUGUAG